ACAUAGAAUUUCUCCCGGAAUAUAGGCAGAAGGAGUCAAGAGAAUUCCUCUCAGUGGCACACAAUGUGCAGCAAGUGAUGAACUUGGUUUACACAACCUCUGCCUUCUCCAAAUUUUAUAAACAGUCCAUUGUUUCUGAUGUCAGUAACAACAACAAUGGAGGCCUUCUUAUUCAUUUCUGGAUCGUAUUUGUGGUACCACAGGCUAAAGGCCAAGUGUUCUGUGAGGACUGUGUGGCUGCCAUUUUAAAGGACUCUGUUCAGACAAGUAUCAUCAACCGGACCUCAGUGGGGAGCCUUCAAGGGCUUGCAGUCGACAUGGACUCCAUCGUGUUGAGUGCUGGGCUACGAUCAGAUUAUUCAUCAACAACUGGAACAGGAACAAAUUGCAUAUACGAUCUAUAUGCAGAUCGUCUGCAUCAGCACUUUCCACUGGACAUUACUGCUACCUCUGGGAGGAUGAUUUGUUAUUUCAAACUGAAUGCAUUAGUGGGCCAUCUAAUUCGUCUCUCAGUAGCAUCUAUUCACAUUGAAGCAGAUAACUGCAUCACUGACUCACUGACCAUUUAUGACUCUUUGAUGCCAAUCAAAAGUAAGAUACUCUACCGAAUUUGUGAACCAACCAUCUCAUUAAUGUCAUUUGUUUCCACAAAUAACUUGAUGCUGGUAAUGUUUAAGUCAACACAAAUACAGCAACCAAAGGAAGUUCAUGGGUACUUCGAGGUCAUUAAACAAGAAAAAUGUGGAAAAAUGAUAUUGGCAAAAGAGAAAACUGGCUUUGAGGGGCGAAUUGGGAGUCCAUAUUAUCCAAGCUACUAUCCUCCAAAAUGUAUUUGUACGUGGAACUUUCAGACUCCUCAGAAGAGCCUGGGUAUAGCACUGAAGUUUCAUAACUACACUAUCAGUGAGAAGAGCAUCAAGGGCUGUGAGCGGGGAUGGUGGAGAAUUAAUGAACGCAUGUACUGUGGUUACUACAUUGAUCACCAAACAAUUUUCCGUGUGGCAAGCUCUAUAGUUAACAUUGAGCUUCAGUGUAGUUCCAAGCUUUCAGAGCAGCCGCUUCUGGUAGAAUAUGGCAGCUACAACAUCAGCCAGCCAUGUCCAGCCGAGUACUUCAGAUGUUCCACUGGCCUAUGCAUUGAGCAGGCUCGGCGCUGUGAUGGCAUCAAUGACUGCUUUGAUGAAAGUGAUGAACUCUUUUGUGCUGUGUCCAAAGAGAACUGUAAUGCCAGCUUCUUGAUGCAGUAUACUUCACUUGCCUGCAAUGGAAUACGUGACUGUGAGGAUGGCAGAGAUGAGCAGAACUGCACCAAAAGUAUUCCUUGCACCAACCAUACUUUCAAAUGCAGAGAUAAUAUCUGCAUUAGAAAGCAAAAUGCAAAGUGUGAUGGGACAGCGGAUUGUCUUGAUGGAAGUGAUGAAAGUAAUUGCAGCUGUGGCAGCAGUAAAAUCAGCAAUAUCUACCAUCGAAUCAUAGGAGGCUCUGAUGCACAAGAAGGUGAAUGGCCCUGGCAAGUCAGCCUCCAUUUUGUUGGAGUUGCUUAUUGUGGGGCAUCAGUGAUCUCAAGGGAAUGGAUUCUGUCGGCAGCUCAUUGUUUUCAAGGAAACAGGCUAUCCGAUCCUCGAACUUGGACUGCGCACUUAGGCAUGCGCACUCAAGGGAAUGCCAAGUUUGUGUCUGCGGUGAGAAGAAUCAUUGUUCACGAAUACUAUAACAGCAGAAACUAUGACUAUGAUGUUGCACUGCUACAGCUAAGCAUGCCAUGGCCUGACACAAUGAAACACGUCAUUCAGCCGAUCUGCAUACCUCCACUUUCACAUAAAACACACAGUGGCAAGAAGUGCUGGAUAACAGGCUGGGGUCAAAGGCAAGAAGCAAAUGACCAGGGUUCAGCAAUUCUGCAGAAAGCCGAGGUAGAAAUUGUUGACCAAACAUUGUGUCAUUCCACAUAUGGAAUUAUCACAGCCCGGAUGCUAUGUGCGGGGGUGAUGUCUGGGACGAAAGAUGGAUGUAAAGGUGAUUCUGGAGGACCUCUCUCAUGUCGAAGCAAUGGUGAUGGAAAGUGGUUUUUGACUGGCAUUGUUAGCUGGGGUUAUGGCUGUGGAAGACCAAAUUUCCCUGGUGUAUACACCAGGGUGUCAAAGUUUUCUCCGUGGAUUCACAGAUAUGUGCCUUUGAGUCCUAAUCUUCACCAUCUCCAGUCUCCUCAAGAAGAAAUCUCAUAUGUGCAGCAUUCUUUCUUCAAACAGAUGAAUUUGCAUUUCUGGAGAAGAUGGCUUCUAGGAAUGUUACCUCUGAUUUCCUUAACAGUCACUGUACUCAUGUUGGUCCUGUACUAUUCAUUAUCUCCAGCGUUCUCCUUUAUCUAUAUUGGUGGAAGUGUAGAAAUACCUAACUUGACCUAUACCAGUGACCUCACUGAUCCAAAGUCACAGAAAUUUAUAAUGGAAGCAGAAGCAAUCCAGAGCUAUUUUGCAGAACUAUAUGAGUCUUCUACAUUAGGGAAAUAUUACUUGAAAUCUGUUGUUGCUGCAUUUAGCGAAGGAGAAGAUAGUCUCCGAGCUUACUACUGGAAUAAAUUCUGGGCACCGCAAGAGAUAGUGCACUCUUUCAAAAAACUAACCUCACUAAAACAUAAGAAAAUAAUCCGUAAACAUACACUUCAGACUACUAAUUCUUCUGCUGAAUCCUUUCCCGUGGAAGAGGAUUUUGAUCUCUUAACAAUGGAGCUUUUUGUUUCAGAUUCUUCAGACUAUGAUGUGACACUGAAGUCAGCAGUAUCCUUCGACCUGUAUGCAAAGCCAGGUAACAACAGGACUUUAACUUUGAUGAAUCCCAAGAAAUCUUUUUAUCAGUGGAGGCUGCGUGUUCCUUCUAACUAUAUUGUGAAACUUGUAGUCCUUACUCUGCAUGGUGUCACUCCAGGGAGCUGUGCAUCACACAGAUUAUCUGCAUAUGAUUUUCUUCUUCCUCUUCAGAACAAGAUCAUUACAAGGUGGUGUGGAGUACCAGGGGCCUGGAGUCCUCCUAUCAUACGGUUAACUUCAUCAAGUAAUGUUAUGCUGGUCACCUUCUCGCUGGACAGAAGAAAAGAGAGUAACAUGCUAAAAGCAUACUUCCAAGCUGUUCCUAAAGUUGUCUGUGGUGGGCAUUACAUCUCUUGGAAUGGGACAGUGAGCUCCCCUUAUUAUCCAAGCUACUAUCCACCGAAUAUUGACUGCAGCUGGCUACUCAGAGCACCCCUACCUGGAUAUAAAUUGUCGCUAAAAAUCCUUGUCAUACAAAUUCAAGAGAAGUCUCCAGGGUCCAAUAAAUGUGAUAAGGACUGGUUAGAAAUUGAUGGAGUUAGAUAUUGUAAAACUAUUGCUGAAAGCAGAAGAAACAAGGAAUAUGGCUAUUCAGUUGCAAUUAAUUUCCAUUCAGAUGAACUGGUCACACACAGAGGGUUUUAUAUUGAAUAUAAAGCUUUCAGUCACACGGACCCAUGUCCUAGACAAUUUAAAUGUACAGACAGAACAUGCAUUCCUUUAAACAACCAAUGUGAUGGAUGGAAAGACUGCUCAGAUGGCAGUGAUGAAUUAGACUGUGGCUGUAGUCCAGAGGAGUCUAACUGUGGCGAUGGAAAGUGUAAACACCAUUCAAAGACAUGCAAAGGGGACGACAGUUGCGGAGAGGAUAGUGAUGAAAAUGAUUGCCCCUAUAAAAGUUGUUCUUCAUAUGCAUAUAAAUGCCUGAAUGGAAAAUGCCCCACAAAACCAAACCCAGAAUGUGAUGGAAUAAGAGACUGUGGAGAUGGCUCUGAUGAAAUGAAUUGUGCUUGUGGAAGAAUACAGUUAAAAAAACCUAGAAUUGUUGGAGGUGAAGAUGCAAGAUCUGGAAAGUGGCCUUGGCAAGCAAGCUUGCAGAUGGGAAUGUAUGGCCAUAUCUGUGGUGCAUCUGUUGUUUCAAAUAGGUGGCUGUUAUCUGCUGCCCAUUGUUUUCUGGACUCUGAUUCUAUAAGAUACUCUGUGCCUUCUGGCUGGAAAGCGUAUAUGGGCAUAAGGAUCAUUAGUAAAAACAGCAAUCAUGUAGCUAUGAGAUCAAUCAAAAGGAUUAUUGUCCAUCCACGGUAUGACCAAUAUAUCUCAGACUAUGACAUUGCCCUGUUGGAAAUGGAGACACCAGUAUUCUUCAGUUACCUUGCCAAAACACUGCAAGAAGCUAAAGUGAAAAUAAUUAAUCAAAGUAUUUGCAACAAGCUAUAUGAUGAUCUCAUUACAUCUCGAAUGCUGUGUGCUGGAAAUCUUAACGGUGGCAUUGAUGCAUGCCAGGGUGAUUCUGGAGGUCCAUUGGCCUGCAUCGGAAAGGGAAAUAGAUGGUAUCUUGCUGGCAUUGUCAGCUGGGGUGAAGGAUGUGCUCGGCGUAACCGCCCUGGUGUAUAUACAAAAGUGACAGAGCUUUAUGACUGGAUUCGUCAGUACACAAACUGAUGCGCUUAGAAGAAGGAAAAAGUCACCGUUUUUACCGGAGUAAACCAUGAAAUAUGUUUUUAUGAUGAUAUCAUAAGGAAACACUGUAGAUGUUUGUGCUGAAGUUCAUAUAUGUAUAUUUUUAAGACCUAAAAUUGUUGUUAACUUCUCUGCGCAUUUCAGGAACAGUCUGAACUGAAAGUAACUUUCUCCAUCUUCAAUGUCUUCAUCACCAGAAACGGACAAACAGGGUUGAAUGAAAUAAGAAUGGAUUAUAACCUUGGGCCAAAUUCCAAUCAAACCUUAUUGGAUGUUUGGAUAAUUCAUUUCCUCUCCUCUUUCCUCCUCUGCAGCCUCAACACAUAUAAAUACAUACACUCUCCAUAUGCAAUGUGUUGGGGUUUCAGCCAGGAUCAAGGGCCUACUUCUCACAUCUGGUCAAAAUACACAAACUGCAAGUCAGGGUGGUGUGCAAAGGUGGGUUAAAGCUCUCCUUCAUUCAUAGUGCUGCUACGCAGGACUGCUCCCACCUGUGCUGUGUUUAGAGGAACUCUCAGGCUGCUCUACCUUUUAAUAUGGUUUUUAAUAGCUGGAAGAGGCCAAAAACAUAGCUCAGGUUUGUUGUGAUAUAGGGGUACCCCAAACUCUCUCCCACUUGGGUAGCCAUGAUCCCUCUCCUUGUUAAGUUAGCAGUAGGAAGGGUGUUUGGCGUUCAAGACCAAAGAUAACACUAAGCUAUGCGCCAAUGCUUGCUUCUCAUGAUCUUCCCUGGGCUGGUUAAGACAAGCAUACAGGGGUGCUGGAACAAUUUUUAUAGUGGGGAUGCUGAGAGUUCUUGAACCAAACUAUAGACCCUGUAUAUAAAGGAAACCACUUCAAGCCGGGGGUUGUGGCAGCACCCCCAGUAUCCCUAGUACCAGCACCUAUGCAAACAUGUGAUCAAAUAUCAUCAGUAGUGUAGCACAAAUCAGUCACGUUAAACCUGAAGAUCUGGCUCUAAACUUGCAAAGACUGAAAUGCCAUUAUUGGUGGCUUUAGAGUGAUGGUAUUCUAGAACAGGAGAAAAUGCUGAGUUUAUUAAGAGGAGCUCAGUUCAGUUAAUCUAAAGGAAACUGCACCUAUUAGAUGGAGAGAGAAUUCUUUUUCAGUCUGGUACAAACAAAACUUCACACACACAAGCUCCCUAGCUGCUAUCAAAUGUUAAACUAUAUAAUCACAACACAUUCUCAUGAGCUGAUUAUACUUUGUGAGAACAAACCUGUUGCUAGCUACUUAUGGUAAUAGACAUUCAAAUUAAUUCUUUUGUGGGUCUCAGACUGCAAUAAGAGUGUCAUCUUGAAU